GGAGGGUCCAACAAAUCAAAGGGCUCAAAACAACCCACUCGUGAAACUGAGCAGUCGCAGGACGAUACUGUGAGCCAACUGCUGGGCAUCACUAUAGCGGCCAUCAACGCUACCAAAGACCUUGUGCCCAUCGAUCUCGCGAAAGGUAUCCUCAGAAUGAGGGGCUUGCACAAAUAGCAUUUUGUGAAGGCAGGUUAUCCGACGCAAUGGAUAACCUGGAGACGCUUGUAGGGAUUUGCAAGGGACAACAUUCUGAUGACGCCCUUCGGCAAACUGUGCGAAAGGCUGUUGUUGCGAGCAAGCAGGGGAAUUGUGACCUUGCGAGGGAGCUUGACCAGAAAGCCUCAAAAGCUUUCCAAUUCUUCGCGCUGCACAAUGCGCGCGUAUUCCUCCACCGAUCUUACGACUUGGCACGCAUCGUGCUCACUGCAGGUGAGUGCAACAAGGCCGAGACUUAUUUCACCACCACGAUCGAAGCCUGCGAGAUGCAAGGCGAUCUGGCGCUUAAGGCGUUCAGCAUGCGUGGUCUGGGAGAGAUUGCAUUUGCGCGUAGUAACUUUGCUCUAGCCAUGCAACGCUUCGAUGAGACACGGUCUUUUUGUGCCGAGAUAGGAGUGCCUCCCCAGCAUCUGUGCAGUUGCAUGCCACUUAAUACAAUACCGGACAUAUUCGAAGGAUGGGCAUCGUUUUAAGGGGCAGGUCGCCAUUUGCGGAUGUAGGUAUACAUCUUUUCUGUGGCGGGCGUUGUGUAUACUUGAACACAGUGAAAAAAAUGUUAAGCAUGCUCCACAACCGGCGAGCACUUAUAAGACUUAUCGUUUCACUGGGCUUAUGCUGAGAAUUACGGCUACAGAAUAACAGAUGUUGCGUGUUCCUUUCGGUCAACGUCACACCCGAGUGGCAUCACAUAUGUAGAACCAGGCUUCUUCCAAACACUUUUAAACCUAUCAUCGUCAUCAGUCCGGUUCAAGUGAAUACAA